AUGGCAGGUCGCAGGCAGAUGGAGCUCCUGCCUUAUAUCGGGGAAAAAGGAACUCUAAUGGGGGUAAAACACCCCAAAACUGACAAUACCCACAUGCCUUAUCCACGCCCACACAUCGGGUACAAUCUUGGAGCAAAUUAUCACCCCUCCACCCGCGCACUACAGCAGAUGUGACCUCCACUCUUCUGUGGCCUGGCGCCAACCCGGCGGGAGAUGCGGCCGGUCUCUAUGUCGGGGGCGACCUGGGAACUCAGACCAACGAUCAGUCUGUGCCCCACACUUCCCCCCUCUCGGUAGUCGGGGGUUAUCCCGGCCCCCCUCCAGGAGACUAUUCACCUCGGCAAAGCACCUAGAUGGCAACAGAGACAACGCCACACAUGAGGCCUAUUCUACAAUGGUCGACGACAAAGCAACACAGUCCAACCUGUACCACAGCAGCUGGGAAGCAAGAUUCCGGCAAAAGUUUGACAUCAUGUGCCAGCAGUACUGGAAAGGCUGGGAGGAAUGGCGGAAACCACCUGUGAUGCCCGCACCUCAGGUACUACCCCCAGACAGGGCCCCAGGGCAUUGGCACCCACCUCCUGAAAUAAGUACCCGGAGGGCCCAAGCACUAAUCCACAGCCCACAAUCUGGGAAGCAGAAGGUGAAAAGUGAGGAGGUGUACAGGGCCCCAUCGAGCAGACCCGUCCGCAAAUCACCCCAGCCGCAAGCACCAAGCCCACCCAAGCAGGGAGCUGGCAAAGCUUCACACCACAGAUGCCCCACACAGCAGCGGAAACACAGACCUCCCAGGAGACGAACAACCGACAAGAUCCUCAGUCGCCCCUCUAGGAAGAAAGACUCAUACCCAACCCAGAAACUACAAACCCGGGCACAGCGAUGCUACCUUCCAGGGAGGCCAAGAACGAGCGAGACACCGGGCGCAAAACACACCUCGCAUUGCCACAAAGAUGCAACAAGGUGGUCAAGAGAACUCCCAGGGAAGAUAUGGAUCUGCCAAGCCGAGGUGUUGGUUGACAGUGCCACAUACCCUCGAGCAAGGUACCCAAGUCCCCUAAGUGAUAUUCCAGCCUUCCGGAACAAAAAACAAAGCUGUUACACAGAUAUCAUAGUUACUUACACAUAG